AUGUGGCCGUCGCGUGGGAGCUGGGGGUCUUUGUUGCGUUGGUGCUCUGGAGUGUCCGUCGUGUUGUUGCGACAACCGGCAUCCCCGUCGCGUCAAGGGAUUUGUGGGUGCGACGGCUCUGUGCGUGCACGGAACAGAAAGGAUUCUUUCUUUCUCUAUCAUCUUCCUUCCAUUUCAAAACACUCUCUCUCUCUCUCCAUGCGCUUCAAACUACAAAAAAUGGCGUUAUCCCGCUUCUCUCUGCUUUUCACCCUCCUCCUUUUUGUCAUAGUAAAAUGCGACCACGACGAGGAAGAUAAUCUUUAUCAGCAAAUCAACAAUUAUAGGAAAUCAUUAAACUUGGCUUCUCUAACAAAGAAUGAAAAUGCAAAAUGUUUUGCUGAUGAAAUGGUUGACCAGUUCAAGGAUCAACCUUGUACAAAUAGCACAGGUGCUAACACAGUUCCAGGUACAGAGCCUCGGUUCUCCAAUUACCCAGACCUUUUAAAUAAAUGUCACUUGAAUAUUUCUAACACAAGGGAUGGAGCUGUAAUGCCUGCCUGUGUUCCUGGCCUGGCUCCAAGCGUUGUCCUCACAAAUUUCACACAAUCUCUUUACUCGGGUAAUCUCAAUGACUCCAAGUUUACAGGAGUUGGAAUUGGUUCAGACGAUAACUGGAUUGUAGUCGUACUGACCACAAACACUCCCGAAGGAAGCUUUGUUCCUGAGACUUCUGAUGGUGCUAAUUUGAUUUCUAAAUUUGGUUUGAUUCACUGCUCAAUGUUCUUGUUAGUUGGUAAAGUUUUGCUGUUGUAA